UCCAUCUAUGAAUCCACUUCGGCUCUGGACACUGGCGGUAGCGCUCGAUCCAUCCUCCUCCUCUCUCUCACUGUCUCUCUCUCUCUCUCUCUCUCUCUCUCUCACACACACACACACACUUUUACAAAUGCAACACAGAGGACUGAACCGGCUAGAGAAAUCCUGUCAGAUCGGGUGCGUUGAUGCGUGAAGGAUGUAGAGCCAGAGGGGAGGGCAGGAUGGAGUGCUCCUGGAAGACGGUGCUGCUGCUGGUGUGUGCGUCUCUUGGGGUCCAGUACACGGCCAUCCGCACCCUGAGGGACUCGUUGUCUGGACCCUGCCAGGGAGCUUACCGCUGCCAGACCAGACACCACAGAGACUCCAGGUGGAGAGCCUUGUGUGAUGACAGCUGGAUGCCCAUCGAUUCACCCAGGAAGCACAUCCUGCUGUUUGCCACCACACGCAGUGGCUCCUCCUUCACUGGGCAGCUCCUCAACCAACACCCAGAAACCUUCUAUGUGUUUGAACCUCUCUACCAUGUCCAGCAGGCCUUCACCAACUCCAGCAGCAGGCUGCGUCGCACACUGGACCGCCGCGCCCUACUAGGAGCAUACAGGGACCUCCUCCUUAAUCUGUAUACCUGUGACCUUCACUUUAUGGAGAAUUACAUCCGCCCAGAGCCCCAGGACCACGUCACAGGCUCCUUCUUCCGGCGAAGCUCCAGCCACGCCCUCUGUUCCCCUCCAGUGUGCUUGGAAGGAGGGGAUGGAGCAGCCUCUGACCUGCCUGAUGAAACCUGGUGUCCUAAGAAGUGUGGGGCCCUGAACCUCACCCUAGCCUCUAUGUCAUGUCUGUCAAAGGGACAUGUAGCCAUAAAGACUGUGCGGGUCCCUGAGGUGGGGGACCUGCGCACCCUCACAGAAGAUCCACGUCUGGACCUGAAGAUCAUCCACCUGGUAAGAGACCCCAGAGCAAUCCUCGCCUCACGCAUGAUGGCGUUUUCAGAUCAGUUCCGUGCUUGGAAGAUAUGGAACGCGACAGGACGGCAGCCUCGAUACGUGGACCUGUCGCAGAUCACCAGCACGUGUAAGGACAUGGCGGCCUCUGCAGAAACAGGCCUGCAAAGACCAGCAUGGCUGCGGGGACGGUACAUGCUGGUGCGGUAUGAGGACCUGGCGUUCAAUCCGAAGGACAGGACCAGUGAGAUUUACAGGUUUGUGGGGCUGGAGAUGGAGGAUAGAGUGCAAAUGUGGAUUGCAAAGAACACCAACAGUAACGUAUCGUCUCCGUCUGAGUGGAACUACAGGUACUCCACCACCAGAGACUCCAGAGCGACAGCAGAGAGCUGGAGGCUUCGUCUCGGCUUUGAUAUUGUGAGGACUGUGCAGAAUCUGUGCAAUGACACUCUGGCUCUGCUGGGAUACAAGCAGGUUCACUCUGCAGCUGAGCUCAGAAACUUGUCUCAUAGUUUGGUGGAACACAGGACAUUUCAACCAGUCACAUAGUAGAUUUGAUUGAAUUAUUUAUGUAUUUAUUUAUUUAUUGUUUAUUUAUUUAUUUAUUUAUUUAUUUAUUUAUUUAUUUAUUCUGACGUUCCUCUCUAUCAUGAUGCUGAUAAAAAUGAAUGUAAUCUAUCUCACUUAUUUCUUUACUUUUAUGGUUUGUAUAUUAAAAGUGCCAAA